AUAUUGGGCCAAUCAUGGACCGAUUCCGAGGCCCAACAAUAUUGAGGAGGCCCAUUUAACAUAUCUUUCUUGAAGAAGAAGACUGGCAAAUAUCGGCAACGAAAAGGAGAGAAUAUAAAGCUUUCCGAUUGUACAAGCUUACUUAUACAGAUCGACUACGAUACACACACAAAAUCUCCGUCGACGAUGGCAACUCCGAUGGCCGAGGACAGCAACUUCGAAGAUGACCAGCUCCAUUCUAUGUCCACUGAAGAUAUUAUUAGGGCUUCACGCCUUCUUGACAACGAAAUUCGUAUCAUAAAGGAAGAGCUACAGAGGACGAAUCUAGAGCUGGAAUCAUUCAAGGAGAAGAUAAAGGAGAAUCAAGAGAAAAUUAAGCUCAAUAAGCAACUUCCUUACUUGGUCGGCAACAUUGUUGAGAUUUUGGAAAUGAAUCCAGAGGAAGAAGCUGAGGAAGAUGGUGCAAACAUUGAUCUUGACUCACAAAGGAAGGGCAAGUGUGUUGUACUGAAAACAUCCACGCGCCAGACAAUUUUCUUGCCCGUUGUUGGUCUUGUUGAUCCUGACACUUUAAAACCUGGUGAUCUGGUUGGAGUAAACAAAGACAGUUAUUUGAUACUGGAUACCUUGCCGUCUGAAUAUGAUUCCCGGGUGAAGGCAAUGGAGGUUGAUGAAAAGCCAACUGAAGACUACAAUGAUAUUGGAGGUUUGGAGAAACAGAUUCAAGAACUUGUCGAGGCAAUUGUGCUGCCUAUGACACACAAAGAGCGGUUCCAGAAAUUAGGCAUUCGUCCUCCAAAGGGAGUCCUUUUAUAUGGACCUCCUGGAACUGGGAAAACCCUGAUGGCCAGAGCCUGUGCUGCACAAACAAAUGCUACUUUUCUUAAGCUAGCGGGACCUCAGCUUGUGCAGAUGUUCAUUGGAGAUGGAGCAAAACUUGUUCGUGAUGCUUUCCAGCUGGCAAAAGAGAAAUCACCAUGCAUAAUUUUCAUUGAUGAGAUUGAUGCUAUAGGCACAAAGCGUUUUGAUAGUGAAGUUAGUGGGGAUCGAGAGGUCCAGCGUACUAUGUUGGAGUUACUUAAUCAGCUCGAUGGUUUUAGCAGCGACGAUCGGAUUAAGGUGAUAGCAGCAACAAACAGAGCUGAUAUUUUGGAUCCUGCUCUGAUGCGAUCUGGUCGAUUGGAUCGUAAGAUUGAGUUCCCCCACCCCACAGAGGAAGCCAGGGCUCGGAUCUUGCAGAUCCAUUCCAGAAAGAUGAAUGUUAACCCAGAUGUUAACUUUGAAGAAUUGGCUCGAUCGACAGAUGAUUUUAAUGGGGCACAAUUGAAAGCUGUAUGUGUUGAGGCAGGCAUGCUAGCACUCCGUCGUGAUGCCACUGAGGUAACGCAUGAAGACUUCAAUGAAGGUAUCAUUCAAGUUCAAGCGAAGAAGAAAGCCAGCUUAAACUACUAUGCAUAAGCUUAUUGUAGGUGCCCACUUCAAGCAGCUUUUAGCUUUUCAAAGUUGAACAUGGCUACUGCAUGCUACCUUUUCAAUAUUCAGCUUCUUUCUUUCUGGCCUGGGAGGGGGUAGGGAUAGAAGCUUUGCACAUUAGCCUCUGUGCAACACUUGCUUGUUGUGAUUUCUGAUAUCAAAAAGGUGUCUGAUGGUAUGUUGAUCUCUUUUUGAAUUUGUUCUUCCUGCUGUGUAACUAAUGACCUAGAGUAGCCUUUAGCUAUAUUGGCUACAGAGAUUUGUUAAUUGGAACUUAUCUUUAGUUACCCGAAGUAAGUUCCGUCA